UGCGACGAUCUUUCGCCUGUUCACUCAACUUACCGCGUGUCAACAUGGUGGCAUGAGUGAAACCUCGAUGAUGACCAUUGCGUCGGGCUCAAGAUCUUUUCCCGAAGUACAUAUAUAGUCCUACCUCUUAUUUCUACGCUCACCAACACACCCUAACUUCUACAAUUGGUUUCCACACGUCGAUCAUGGAGUUUGUUCCAAAAACUCCAGUUCAGCAUGCUACGAACGAACUACCGUUGACACCGCCAGUAACACCAUCCGGCCCAUAUGGAAUUGAGCUCGAGAACGACGUUGCCUCGAAUGAUAGCUCGUCUGAGCUGAGUUCGAUUGAUCAAGAAUUGCUAGCACUCGCGGAUGAAGUUGUGGAUCUCACCGAUGACGAAUUCCUUACUUAUUCGGAGGACGCCACAGAAAUGGCUGAAGAUCUUGAGUCGGAAUGUGAAAGCAAUCACGACGCAGAUCUAUAUAUUAGCGUGCCUUACGUCCAUACUGCGCUCCUACCUGCCGGAGGACCGUUGAACUUUCCUCACAUCGUCGAUCAUACGACCGGUUUCACAGAAGAAAAUGCGCCUCAAGGCAUCCGCCUCCCUGACGGAGUGGCUACUUUACUUUUCAAUUUCAACCGAAACAUCUUGGAACUUUUCCUCGAUUUGUCUGUCAAAGAGUUCAACUUCGUGCGCACAGAAAAUCACGACUUCCUCUACGAUUUGGUCGUAGCCCGUAAGGACCGGGAUGUCAGAGUGGGCUUUGUAAGGACGAUUCCACUGCCCUUCCAAGGACAUGUUACAAACAUGCUUGAAUGGGACGCGCAGAUUCGGGCAAAAAUCCUCCCUUCCGGCGUCUGGCUCGCCAAAUAUGCAACACGGUAUGCCAUUUCCGACGAAGUCUUUGGAGACUAUGAAGGCGACGACAUCGGGUACGGCACUGAGCAACUUGUGCAAGCAAGCAAGGUCCACGAAAUCGCCCGCCAGAUGGCCACGUCCAUGAUCGUCCGCAAGCUUUGGGUCGCUUCGGAGGGUGUGGAGAUCAAGGUCAACCUUUCAUGAGGGCUCGGCAAGCUUGGAGCAUGCAAUUUCUGGGGUCAUCUUUGUGAUUGGUAUAGCCUGUAUUUGGUCGAUUAUAUGGUUUACAAUAUUGUUGCAACCAUAAGGAUCUUAUCAGGGUGGAAUUAUGGCUAUUAUGAGCAGUUUAGAUCUGUAU